AUGCCAGAAAAGCAGAGAGGAGAACCAAGUUUGUUAGCGGCCGAGCCCUUUGCAGACAGGUCCACCCGGAGCGGGAAGCACAUCUCCCUCAGAGCAGACCCCGUGGUCAUCAGAGGCACCGUGGGAAGACCAGGGUCUAUAUCUCGGAGUUAUAUACCUAUGGGAAUUUUUUCUGAGGUGCCGGCCCUGGCCAGGCAGCAGAACAAGUGGGUGAAGGUGGUAGGUGGUGGCCACUCGCCCUCAGACAUCGCCUGCACCGAUGGCUUCCUGAUCCACAUGGGCAAGAUGAACCGGGUCCUCCAGGUGGACACAGAGAAAAAGCAGGUGACCGUGGAGGCUGGCAUCCACCUGGCUGACCUGCACCCACAGCUGGACAAGCAUGGCCUGGCCUUGUCCAACCUGGGAGCCAUGUCAGAUGUGACUGCAGGUGGCAUCAUUGGGACCGGAACACACAACACGGGGAUCAAGCACAGCAUCCUGGCCACCCAGGUGGUAGCAUUGACCCUGCUGACGGCCGACGGGACCAUUCUUGAGUGCUCCGAGUCCAGCAACGCAGAGGUGUUCCAGGCCGUGCAGGUUCGCCUGGGCUGCCUCGGAGUCAUCCUCACCAUCACCCUGCAGUGUGUGCCCCAGUUCCACUUGCAGAAGACUUCCUUCCCUUCCACCCUGAGAGAGCCCCCCUCCUCUUCAGCCAGCUGGUUUGGGGACUAUGCCAUCGGAUUCCAUUUACUGGAGUUCCUGCUCUGGAUCAGAUACAUUUACCACAAUGUCCAUGAAGGCUUCUUGUGGCUCACCUACGUGGCAGAAUACGAGGCCCUGGAUCCAGUGAUAUUAUCUGUAAACCCACACGAGGUGUUCUGA